AUGAAGCGAGAGCGCUCAUUUUCAAACUCUCCUACACUUUCCGCGCAGAAGGGGGAGUCAUUUCCUUCGUUGCGUAGUGAAGACAGGAGUGAGUUCGCUGCGCAACAACAGGUCCUUUUCGAUAUCUUACGACGUACAUCGCUAGCUGAGCAAAAGGACCGCGAAAUAUGUGAGUGGCUGGACGACGCUUACGUUUGGGUGAAGGAAUGCAUCGAAAACAAAAACUUUUCAAAGGGGGCACUCACUGAACUCCGUCUUUUGGUUCUUGGCGUGCUUCAUACGCUACCGUGGUGGAGGGUGUUCGAGUCACGGGAAACUAUGGGAUUGGAGGUGUACAGCCGAGACGGGUACCGCCAUGACAUGCGGAAGAUCACGCGUUGGCACGAUCGAAUUAAAGUGGGCUUCGAACGCGUUUGUUUGCUGCUGAUGGAACAAUCCGUGCAAGCUGUUCGUGGUGUGUUAGAGGUUGCAAUGAAACCUUUCCGUAUUCGCUCGCCUGUGGCGGAUGGUGCGCAGCGCAUGGUUCCAGCAGAUACCAUCAUGCGUCUCAUAAACGCUGUGGCGGUCAAUUAUGAUGGCACUGUGGUUUUGGAUGUAUUGAAUACGUGUGUGCGCUUUCUUGUGCCUCGGUGGAGGUGGGGAGAGAAGAGGCAUCACACGAUUUCUAUCGCCCUCUUCCUUCACCUCGCACUUGAGGCACAUAUACCCCUAGCCUCUCCGUUUAGCGGUGGAGAGAUCAGCAUGCUUGGGCAUAGUGCGAAUGGUAGUGCUCGAUGCAAGGAAGAAAGUAAACUUGGUGGAUGCGGGUAUGACACACAGCAAACUUCCUCUCGGGAUGCAUCUCUGUGUCGCUCUGAUGGGAGUAGUGCAGAUGCUGGGAGUUUUGCCUCUCCGAGCGCGUGCCAUCCUCAACAGCAACGACAUUCUACUGGACUGAAGGCUCCGUUUUUGUCGAGUAGCGAUGCAGAUCUUAGCGAUGCCAGCCAAAGCAUGCGUUCCGGUACAGAUGAUGCGCUUGGUGGAUCGAUUAGUGGUCGUACCUCCGGUGUCGCCCGUCUUACCGAUACGUUUGUGCAGAAUAACAGGAUGCUAUUGUACCGCAAUGAACUCAUUCAGUUUGUGCUGCAGUGGCUCUUGGACCUCGAGCUUUCUUUGCAAGCUCAUGACGACGAAGCGCGAGCGGUUGCGGGUCAGCAUAAAAAUCCGACACAAGGGUGGGGUGCGGACCCAAAUGGCUCUUCCACGCUUCCCUCCUUUUCACAGUCGGAAAUACGUCCUUCGGAAACGGUUUAUCUUGAUAUUCUUCGGAGUUGCACGGAUCUUGUCUUUCAUCGACUAGCGGAAGACCUCAUACGCCAACGGUCAGUAGGUGUGUGUGGGAGUGCCGACUGGUGGCGUGAGCUGUUGACUUUUCACCUUAAUUCUGUUCUGAUGGUGGAGAGCCCGAGAUGCCUGAUAUAUUUAGCUCCCAGCCUGGCGCUCCUUGGCGGGACAGAAGAGGCAACAGAUAUGUAUCGUAAGUUCAUUGUGCUUGUUACAAAGGGAUAUCAACCAGUUCAACCGAACGCAGGCUGCUCGACCAGGCCUGCAGGAUCAACGCGUGUCCGCAUGGCGCCACCGACGGUUGGUCACCUGCUGGUCCCCAAAGCACAACGCACACGGGCGGCCUUGCAUGUUUAUCCACUGUUUCGCUUUAUGCGGGAACACAUACAUAAUGUUGAGGAUAUACGCAAGCAACUUCACAAAUGCUUAUUGCUUCAGCUUGAGAGGCAACGCGUUGUGCUGCCGUCAGCGACAUCACCUUCAUGCUUAGCAUCGCCCACCUCUAUCAACCCGUUUGCACAAGUGUUAUUCGCACAAAUUGCUGCCUUGUCGGAGCUACUGGAACUAGAUGCCGCGGAAGAAAUGAUGUCUCAGGUGAGCGGUUGUCGAGCACUGAAGGUACUGUUGGAUACGUAUUUGUUGCCUCCUGAGACUAAUGCAAGCGAAAAUGGAGUCAACUCCCCAACGGCAGGUAUUUCCCCUCAUGGAGGUAACGAAUUGAAGGACGAUGUGCCUGGUAAGAAGGUGAGGAGGAGAUUUGACUUAGUUAAGAUGGAAAAAGUUGGGCUGUUGUAUCCAGGGUUGAUGAACGACUGUCCUUGGGACUGGCGUGUUUGUCAAGGUCAUGGACAAAUGAAACGCUUUUAA